CUUCCAUUCUGCGUCGUAGUUGCGAAUUGUGACUCGAGUUGGAGAUUGUAGGCGGCGCAUCCUGCCGUUAUACGGACGCUUUUUUCAGCAACAUUCAUCGCUAUAGAAAGGAUAAAAACAUGCCGCAUGGACUUAAACCUGAAGAAAUUCUUGCAGAACUAGAGAACCAUCAAGAGAGUGACGAUGAAGAUGAUGACGUAGAAUUGGCAAUUAUUCCACCAGAUGCAGAUGUAAUAACAGAUGAAGAAGGCAUUGACGAAAAUGUACUGAACAAUGAGUCUGUUGCACAAGAUGUAGCUGGUACUCCAGGGUUCAUAACCAGCCGAGAUGAAGCUAAUGCUACAGUUGUACCUACAGAAGCCAAAAGAAGGAAAGCGUUUGGAGAUGGAGCAGAAAGUGGAGUGACUACAAUGGCGGCAACAGACACUAAGGACGGCAGUUUCGCGAGUGACCUGCGCGUGCUUUUGGAAUCCGGCGAGGGUGCGGACGUGACCCUGGUGGUGGGUCCCUCACAAAUGCCGGCCCACAGUUUCAUUUUGUCAGCUAGGAGCCGCGUCUUUGCCGCCAUGUUGCGGACUAACAUGAAAGAAGCCAGCAACCGCCGAAUUGAGAUAACUGAUGUGCAGGAGGAUGUGCUACACCAACUACUGUGUUUUAUGUAUACUGACACAGCUCCGGGCCUAGAGAGCGUGGCGGCCGAGUUGCUGGCUGCCUCUGAUAAGUACGACCUGCCGCUGCUCAAAAGGAAGUGCGAGGAAGAGAUGGUAAAGGGCCUGAGUGUGGACAACGCCGCCGCCACUGCGCUCCUCGCCGUGCUGCACUCCUGUUCGGGACUCGAGAGCGCCGCCGUGGACUUCAUAGCGAGACACCCAGAAGUGAUGAUCUCUGACGGCUGGAUAGAUGUUUUGCGGGGCAAUCCGGAGGCUGCAGUACGAAUCUGCAGGCUGGUGGCAGCAGCAACACCAAAAAUCAGGACUUCAUCUGUGGAGCAGCCGGAGGACUUGGGCGAAAGGCUGACAGAGGCAGCUAGAACCGGUGAAGUGGACGAACUGCAGAAUCUGCUGGCCGCAGGCGCACCGGUCGACGCGAAGGACGGCAGCGGAAAUUCCGCCCUGCACCUCGCAGUGAUGAAAGCCAGUGUAGACGCCGUCAAGUGUCUCCUGAAUGCGGGGGCAAAUGUCAACGUGAAGGACUCGAGUGAGCAGACACCUCUGCACGUGGCUGCAUACCGAGGUAACUUGAAGAUCAUGUGGGCACUGCUGACGGCGUCAGCGGAGCUAGAUGUUCAGGAUCUUUGGGGGAAGACGCCACUCCACUGGGCUGCUUCCACAAACCGCAUCGAAGCAGUAAGAACACUGCUGAUGGCUGGAGCGAGCAAAGAUGUGCAGGAUAUGAGUUCCAGAUCACCUGUAGACAUAGCGACAUCACCGUGUAGAGAUAUAUUUCGCAGUUUUGUCUACAGCCAUCCAUAAAUAAGCCUUCUACUUCUAUACCUCAUAAAUUUUAUGAUAAAUAUGUAAUUUACUUCUAUUUUUCCUGUUGUAACACAGAAAGUUUCGUAAUAGAAUAUUUUACAGGAUUUCUACUCCAUUUGCAGCCAAAUAGGUAUAACCUUAGAUACACCCAUUAACUACCUUCUCUUGGAAUGAAUAAAACCCUAAUCCAAAAUAAGCUACUGUCUGUUAUCAGACAAAAUGGUAAUGAAAGAUCAGGUGCUAUUUCACCCUUACACAGUUGUUCUUUUAUCUUGUCAAAAGCUGCCUCACUCCACUCCCACAUAGUAAUUUUUCUUAAGAGGCUGUUCAAUCAUGGUGCAUUCAGUGCCUGUGUUUGUACAUAUUUUCUAUAAUAAUUGGCUAACUGAAAAAAUGGUCUUCAUCCUUUCUUUGAUUUUGAUUUUGGAAAUUUUUCUAUUCAAAAACAUUGUCACUGUCAGGCAAAAUUCCCUUUUCACUUAUGCUGUAGUAAAAAAAAUUAGUUGUCUUACAAAAAACUAACACUUACAUAGUUUCAGUGUCAUUCCCCCUUCCAAAUUUCUGUUUGUGCAUAAACACAUGAACUCCUGUGCACAUCAUAUUCACCUAUAUCUCCCUCCCGGACCCCUGCAGGUAACAAAUCCCUUUCAAUUUCUUCAAAUUCUAAUCCUUUUUCCUCUUUUAUUGAUGCUUCUAA